AUGGGGAAGCCACGGAUGAUCAUUUUAGUGCGACAUGCACAGUCAGAAGGCAACAAAAACCGCGACAUUCAUCAAACUAUUCCAGACCACCGGGUGAAGCUCACUGCUGAAGGACAUCGACAAGCCCAAGAUGCAGGUCGUCGACUACGUGAUCUCCUCCAACCCGACGACAAACUUCACUUCUUUACCUCUCCUUAUCGGCGGACAAGAGAGACUACCGAGGGAAUCAUUGAAUCCCUAACCUCCGAUACGCCCGCUCCUUCGCCCUUCCAGAAACAAACAAUUAAAGUUUAUGAAGAACCCCGGCUGCGGGAACAAGAUUUCGGUAAUUUCCAGCCAUGUUCCACAGAGAUGGAGCGCAUGUGGAUGGAGCGGGCAGACUACGGUCAUUUCUUCUACCGUAUUCCCAAUGGUGAAUCCGCAGCAGAUGCCUAUGAUCGGGUGAGUGGGUUUAAUGAAUCCCUCUGGCGUCAGUUUGGGGAGGAUGACUUUGCGAAUGUCUGUGUGCUUGUUACCCACGGCCUGAUGGCACGAGUAUUUCUCAUGAAGUGGUAUCACUGGAGCGUGGAAUACUUUGAGGAUCUUCGCAACAUCAAUCAUUGCGAGUUCCUGGUCUUGACCCACAAUCCAGAAAACGGCAAAUACACACUACAGAACAAGCUUCGCACCUGGUCAGAUCUUCGAAAUGACCGAGAGCGUGAAAAUGCAUCGAAAGGGCAGGUCUCUACGCCUGUUGGUCAUGCCGGACAUACAGACCAUAUCCCAAUUCGGCGCAAGUGGGGCGGCUGCCCCGACGGCUGUACUCACGGCAUGAGGGCAGAGAGAAAGCAAUUUUUGCGAGCGAAUCUACUGAAUUCCAUGCGUCACGAGCAUGGAUACGCUCAACCAAAGCAUGUCGAUGACCAUGCCAGCAGUUUUGGCUCUAAACUUCACAAGUCUAUAUCCAUCGACGAAGUGGUAUCGUCCUCAGAAGACAGUUCGGCCCAGAAUGAUACCAGCCCCAAACCCAGCGCCCGUCAUGUCUCCAACCCCCAACACCCACUUCGAAACGAUGAAAAUGGAGGCACCAGAAAGCAAUACGAUUCUGGCUCAGAAGCCCGGCCAAACAUCAAUCCAUCACAUCCAAAACGACCAAACUUCCACGGACGGAACCGAAAUAGUGAAGACCAUCUCCCCCACGUGCCACACUCCACAUCUUCAUCAUCAGCGCACCUAAAGUACGCCCUCCUCCACCUUGGCGGCCGUGACGGUGGAGGGUCCAUGAGCGGAGCAAACAGCCUCGCCCCAUCUGACGACGAAUGUGACGACCACGUUCAUCACCGUCAAGCUGCACCAGCAUCACCCAGCCUCGCCACUAGCAAUUUAUCCCAUGCGAACCAGGAACACUUCGAAUUCCCGCCCAGCGAGCAAACCCAACCGCCACCUCCCUCUCAGGAGCUCGAAGAUGAUGGCGAUGACGAGAUGAGCGGCAAUCCCACCGAGAAGUUGAAGAAAACUCGCCUGCACUAUCCCCACCAUCAUCAUCACUAUCAUCACCACCAUGUGUCUUCUUCCACUGACCAAUCCGAGCACCGCAUGGCCAACAUCCUAGGCGACGGAGAUGAGUCAUCCAACCACUCGGAAUCACAGAGGCGAAGACAAGAAAGUUCGUCAACGGAUUCCCCAUCUCAUCUCCACGUCGAGGAACUAUCCUUAGAAGAGCAACAAAAGCAAGAUCAGAGUAUCCAAGGGAGCGUCUACUAA